AUGGGUCAGGCUGGUCCGAAGAUAAGUGGGGUUGAAACUGACCCGGAUCUGUUGCUCGACUUUCCUUAUCCUCAAAUAAGACUUAAAAACAGAAUGGGAAAGAUGUUAUCAAUGGUGAUUCAACCAAGCGUCAAUGCGUCUCUGAAGCCCUCGUUCCCUAGCCAAAACUUCUUCCUCAAACCCUUUGAAGAAAAAGCCUCAAUCUUUGCAAGGCCACCUUCACACUCGUACUCCGAGUUAAAACGACUGAGUCGCCACAGUACCAGUCAAAGGACGAGAAUCUUCAAACUAUCCACCUCAGCGUUAGCUUCGGCCGCUGAAGCAGCUGUCGCCGAAGACACUCUUGCUGAUGAUGAUUUCUCCUCCGAGUCCCCUCCGGAUAAAGAGAAGCUUGGGGUGGUUGUGAAGCCAAUGGAGAAGCCGAGGUUAGUGUUGAAGUUCAUUUGGAUGGAGAAGAACAUUGGCAUUGCACUCGACCAGAAGAUACCAGGACAUGGCACAAUCCCGUUGAGUCCGUACUACUUCUGGCCGAGGAAAGAUGCUUGGGAAGAGGUCAAGGUGUUACUUGAAAGCAAGCCCUGGAUAUCUCAGAAGCAGAUCAUCAUUCUCCUCAAUCAGGCUACGGAUAUCAUUAAUUUGUGGCAGCAGAGCGGGGGCAAUCUAGCAUAAAAUAUUCAUUGUAAGAGAUCUUUGAAUCUUCACCAUUUUAGGUUAUAUAGUUGAUCGUCCCUGCAUGAAUUUUUAGAAUAUUUGCUGAUUCAACCUGUCGUGUUAUAGCCCUUUUUGAACUGCUGCUUGUUGAAGUAAUUGGAUUCAUU